AUGUCAAAACUACAUAUCUGUACGUACAUUUCGAUGAACUACUUGCGGCAGAAUAACUUUUCUGUUCAGGGCGAGUUCAAAGCGUGUUUCAACGACGAAAUGUUGAAGCCGAUCUCUCCUUCAUAUUUCAAUAUGUCGAAGGUUCGUCAGAAAACGGCAGAACCCCCCGUGAGAGGUAAGCAGUUGUGA